GCGCUCAACGUUCGGCGGGGCGCCGUCGCCGCCCGAUGCCCACAGUGGUGUCCUCGAGAGCUCGGCGGAAGUUGUGCACGAUUCCGCUGUCCUGUUCAUGGGGCGAUGUCGCAGGGCACUCUGCGGCUCAAACUUACUGAACGUACAGCCGAGGCGGUUUCCUUCUGGCUUACAAGCAUGCAUAGAGCCCAGAACUCAAAGAGAGGACUUGGGGCAUGCCGGCAAGAACCAGCGUGUCCAGGCCUCAGGCCGAUGGCUGUAGAACCAUGAUGUUGUUGAAUGCUGCUGCUUUGCUCCCCAGUAGAUAUUCAGGUUGACCAUUUCACAGGAAUCCCAGAGCACAAUGAGCCGCAGGGUCAACAACGAUCGAGCGCGGAAGCAAAUCGCGCGCGGCACAGUCACAGUCGCAGCGCUACGCCUUGCCGAUCCUAAACCGAAUCCAGAUAUUCCCCGCCGUGUUUACGCGAUGUCCCUGCCUCGUUUGAUGCACUAUAAAAACGGGCGAGCCCUCGCCCGGAACCUUGUCGCUUUCCUCGUCUUUCCUCCCACCUCCAGCCCGCGGGUGUCGUGUCCUGGGUGCUCACCACUACGACGAGCCUGUUGGUCUGUGGUGCGAGCGUUGACAUGGGUCUGGGACACUAUCCUCUUCGCUUGCCCAGCUACCGCUCAGCGCACGGACGACGGUACCACCCGUACCCGGCAGUGAGACGCCACGCAAACAACGAUGAGUUCUACAUGGACCCAAUCCCUGAUUUUGACUUCGAAGCCGCUGAACACAUGCUGGACGUGCCUCCGAGUCUGCAGCUGCACCCCGUGCGGCGCGAAGACGACGACGACGACGUGAC